AGUAUAGACAUACGAGUAAUAUGACACCGCUAUCUGCUAUACUAGGCUGCACUAUGGCAUGUGCAUAGCAUAACUUAGUACACACAUUGUACGCCAUGCAUGUAUGCGUUAUAGUUCUCUAUACUACGCUGCUACAGAACUUCCGUGCAAAGCAUAUCGCGCUGCACUAUGGCAUACGCAUAGCAUUACUUAGUACACACAUGGCAUACGCAUAGCAUAACUUAGUACACACAGUACGCCGUCUGUGUCAUAGUUGGCUAUAGAUAGCAUAACUUAGUACACACAUAGUACGCCGUCUAUAUGUCAUAGUUGGCUAUACUACGCUACUACAGAACUUCAUUACGAAGCACAUAGCGCAUAGGAUAGCUGAGUAUCGACAUAGUAUAAUAUCUAUGGCGUCAUGGUUUCGAUGCACAGUGCUAUAAGAUGCUGCAGGUCUGGGGAUUCCUGGUAAAACGGAGAGAGAGAGAGAGAGAGAGAGAGAGAGAGAGAGAGAGAGUUGGGGAGAGGAGGAGGAGGGGUGAGAGAGAGAGAGAGAGUUGGGGAGAGGAGGAGGAGGGGUGAGGGAGGGAGGGGUCAAGGGAGAAGGUGGGAGUUGUCAGCUCUGUAACCCAUGGCUAGCUAGUUAUUGGCAGCAAGAGAUAAGCAGAGCCUGGUUGAUUCGUGUCGAGGAGAGAGGGUCAGCAGCAGUCAACGAGAAACGAGAAACGCCCUAAUGGUUGCAGGUGGGCAAAUGGGCGACAGAACCUGUGGUGGCAGCUGCCCGGUCGCAAUGGGGAACGCAGCGGCUCCAUUCCUUGCUCUCGUGCAGCCACGUGUCCAACUUGGCUGAAUCAGAUCCGUACUAAAUGCAACCGCCAUCCAGCUCACUACCAGUUCCUUCUCUUCCAUCUUCUUUCAUCUCACGGUGAAGGAGGUUCGGCUUCAGGCUCGGGUUCAGUCUUCAGGCUCGGCGUCAGGCUCGGCUUCAAGCUCGGCUUCAGGCUUCAGGUUCGGCUUCAUGGUUCGACGUUCAUGAUCCUCCAUCCACGACAGCCUGCAUUCACUGGUGUUGAAGGACCCCAACGUGGCAGCGACAGUGUCAGUGUCAGUGUGAGGCUUCUGAGUCCCCUGCGUGCUUGAGGGCGAUCCCAGCCAGCCGGCAGGAUGAUCAGGAGAAGGGGAGGACCCUUAUCGGUUGGCAGUCUAAUUUUAUCCCACCUGUUCAGUGUUGCUCUGGGCGUAAUGAUAACCUGCCUUGUUGGGAUGUGGAUGAACCGAUUCCAUCAGCAGCAGAUGCUGCAGCUGCAAAGCAGCAGAACAGGAAGAGGUGUGGAUAUCAGAACUCUGAGAGCAGGCCAGAAUAAUGCGAAUGGGAGGAGGAGGGAUUCGAGCUUGGAUCCGCGGGACAGUGUGGGUUUCCGCAGCUUUCGAGAGUUUGGCGGUGCGUCUGUGUCUGGGUCUGCUGCGCCGCCGGACUCUAGCUUCGGUUAUGGCUAUGGCGCAGCCGACACUGUGGAUACGGCAGGUGAUCGCAGCGCAGGGCACCUCUCGACGACCAACAACUUCACUUCUCAGCUGAAAGAAGGUGGUGGUGGCGCUGGUUCAUUGCCAACAAGUGAAGGAGGUGGAACUCAUCCACACGUCCAAGAACUCCGCCCCAUCCCAGUCGAAAAUGCCGCCAAGCAGUCUUUGCACCAAGAGCAGCAUCUGCAACAACAACUCGGACAGGGAGCAGAAGAAGAGAAUGUGGAUGGUGGUAGUCUUCUUAAUCUUUCCUGUUCUGGAAGUUCUGAUUGCAAAUCGACACCACACAGAUCCAGAACACUCGACGUAUACAACAUUGUCUUCGGCAUUGCGUCAUGGUCCUCCUCGUGGAACACUCGACAAGAGUAUGUGAAGCUAUGGUGGAGACCUGGGAAGACGAGAGGGUAUGUGUUCUUGGACAAAGAAGUGGAGCACCCUCAAGGGACCACCGCGAUCGUGGACAGCUCUUCUUCCUCCUCCUUGAACUACUCCUCAAACUCCACCUUCUCCUCCCUCCCUGAGGUGUGUAUCUCUGAGGACAUAAACAAUGUGACGAAUUCCACCAGACCCGAUGUCCGUGCAUCUGUUAGGAUUUCCCGGAUACUAGGCGAGAUCUUCCGUAUGGGCCUUCCUGAUGUGGCAUGGUUUGUCCUAGGUGAUGAUGACACCAUCUUCUGUCUGGACAACCUGGUUCGUGUCCUGUCCCUCUACGAUCAUGACCAGAUGCAGUACUUGGGGUCGCACUCAGAGUCCCAGUUCCAAGCCACCUUGCACUCUUUCAGGAUGGCAUUUGGAGGGGCGGGAAUUGCAAUUAGUUACCCCCUUGCGCGCGCGCUAGCAAGCACGCAAGACGGAUGCAUACGUCGGAGCGGCGAGCGCUCUACGAGCGAUACUUACCUCCAUGCCUGUGUGUCCGAGUUUGGCAUACAGAUGACUAAAAUCGAAGGCCUUCAUCAAACGGACUUUCGAGGGGACAUCACCGGCCUGCUGGAGGCUCACCCGAUCACUCCUUUCUUGUCCAUCCACCACCUCUCUGCAAUUCUCCCUUUGCUUCCACGGCGCGAUCACCUUGAAGCAGCUAAGCAGUUUGUACGCACCAUGGAUGCGUACCCUGCCGGAUUCCUUCAGCGAUCUCUCUGCUAUGACCCUUCCCACAACACCACCGUCUCCAUAGCCUGGGGGUUCUCGGUUCGUUGGCAUGCCGGAUUGCACACGGCGCUCGAAAUGGAUCGAGCCGAGCGCACCUUCAUGGCUUGGAAUUGGAGGAGGGGUCCUGAAGACUUCUCGAUGGACACUCGUGGUGGUAUACUCCCCGCCUGCAGCAUCCCGGCAGUGUUUCAUGUGACGUCGAUCACGAAACCGCACCCUGCCGCAGACGGUACCUUUUGGGUUGAAACGGAGUACCAAAGGGACUGGAUACUCCGAGCGAGCAGCACACUAGACCGUGGAGGAAAUGGGAGCGCAUCCCCGGUCCGCGUUCUGACCGUUGGAUCUGAGGGGUCUGGUCCAAAGGGCCUGCUACCGAACAGUGCCACCCAUGGCACCGACGAAGCGAAAUUCACAAUAGAGACACAACCAGAACUGGGCGAGGCGAUGAACGCUGGGGGCCCGGGCCAUGCAAGAAGGCAACUUCUUGCCAAUGGCGAGAUGUGUCCUGAUGGUGUGAAGGAGAUUGUAAGUCCCACCAUUCUCACCGUCAAGAUCCGUGCCCCCGUUCUCCCUGACAACUGGACAUCCCGCCCCCGAAGACAGUGCUGUAAAAAACUGCAGAUGCCUGUGGAGGGAAAUAUUGCCGAGAUAGAGCUAGGACCUUGUGCCACCGGUGAGGUGAUCGCCACAGCGUGAGGUGAUCGCCGCAGCAUGAUGUAGGUGUAAAACUGCGUUUGCAGUGCGAAUGUGAUGAAAUGUAAGCGCUUCCACCGUCUGUAAAGCAUCGGGAAA